UUCCACACAAGCAAGGUUGUCGUUAGUUCGCAGUCGGAGAGGCAGCAUUUGGGCGCAAUUUAUCGUCAGCUAAUCAAAGGACGUUCGGUUAUUUAUUUCUGCAUUUCAAGCAUAAUAUAAUUGCUCCACUCAAAACGUUCACGAUGAGUUCGAUCAACGUCAAAAAGCUGAAAGUAAACGAGUUGAAAGACGAGCUGAAAAAGCGUGGACUCUCCGAGAAGGGACUGAAGGCCGAGCUAAUGGACCGCCUGCAGUCCGCUUUGGACGAGGAGGCCGCGGCCGGCGACUCCCCGGGCCAAGAGGCCGCCGAAGACGAAGAGUUUGAACAGGCCGCCGAAGACGAAGAGUUUGAACAGGCCGCCGAGUCGGAGUGCAUGGGGGAAGAAGAAGAAGGAGAGGCUCCGGUAGAAGAAAGCAUGGAGGCGAACGAGGAGGACGUAGAGCAAGAACAGAAUGGGGCAAGCGCCAGUUGCAGCGAAGCUGCUGUUGACGCUCCUGCCGCCGCCGCCGCCGAGGACCAGGAGAUGGGAGACGGGGAGGAGGACGACGAGACCGACCCAAUGCUCAAGCCAGACGUGGACGACAUGGAGAAAAUCGAGGAAGACGACGGUGAGCCGGAGGAGCAGCCGGCUGAGGGGGAUGCGGACAAAGACACGAAUGCUGAUCAGAAGAAUAAGAAGGGUGUUAAGAGACGCCGGGAGGAACAUGGAAGGGGCUACUUUGAAUUUAUUGAAGAGAACAAAUACAGCUGGGCCUCAUUUAAGUCGCCCGUGCCCCCCUUGGACGAAGAGGAUGAAGAGUUUGAUGACACCAACGUCUGCCUGGACACCUACAACUGUGACCUGCAUUUUAAGGUGUCGCGAGACCGCUUUAGUGCCUCGUCUCUCACAAUGGAGAGCUUUGCUUACCUCUGGUCUGGUGGCAAGGCCACAUAUGGUGUGAACAAAGGCAAAGUCUGCUUUGAAGUGAAGAUCACAGAAAAGAUUCCAGUGAAGCACAUUUCCAGUAAGAACAUGGAAAUCCAUAACGUGAAGUUCGGCUGGUCGCUGGCUGCUGCAUCGCUGCUGCUUGGUGAGGCCAUCCAUUCAUAUGCGCUCUCUGCGAAGGGAAAGAAAACUACAAACUCUGUGAUGGAGGACUCUGGUGAAACGUUUGAUGAAAACGACGUCAUCUGCUGCCUUGCUGAUUUUGACGGGGAUGAGAUAGUUCUGUCCUUUUCCAAAAAUGGUGGAGAUCCAGCAGAAGCGUUCCGUGUGAACAAAGACGAGCUAAACGGCCAAGCUCUUUUCCCUCAUGUAAUGUGCCACAACUGCGCAGUGGAAUUCAACUUUGGUCAGAUGGAAACACCGUACUUCCCCGCACCCUCUGAGUACACCUUCAUACAGCAGGUUCCUGUUGAAGAGCGUGUUCGUGGACCCCAGGGGCCGCAGACCAAGGCUGACUGUGAGAUCAUAGUGAUGGUUGGCCUGCCAGGGUCAGGCAAGACCACAUGGGUGAAGAACCAUGUCCAGGAGAAUCCUGGGAAAUACUACAUACUGGGAAGUGACACAAUUGUGGAAAAGAUGAUGGUCAAUAGUCCAAAUCGACAACCCAAAGAGUACAACAAACUCCUUGCCAUUUCCCAGCGUGCACCACUUUUCUUGGGAAAGUUCAUUGAGAUUGCCGCCCGCAAGAAACGGAACUACAUCCUGGAUCACACUAACUUGUCUGCUCCUGGCCAGAAGAGGAAAAUGUGUUUGUUUGCCGGCUUCCAGCGUAAAGCUGUGGUGGUUGUCCCCUCUGAGGAUGACUACAAGCAGAGGAUCCAAAAGAAAGUUAUGAGUGACGGCAAAGAAGUCCCGGAACAUGCUCUUCUCAAAAUGAAAGGGUUUUAUUCUCUCCCCGAGGAGGGCGAGAGCUUCAACGAGGUGCUUUUUGCUGAGCUGCCGAGGGAUGACGCUGCCAAAGUACUGGAAACGUACAAAGAGGAAAGCAAGACUGCCCUGCCUGCUGAGAAGAAGCCCAACCAUGGAGGUGGCGGGCAAAAGCGCAGUAGUGGGUCCCGUUCAGGUGGGCGCGGAGGCAAGAACCAGUUCGGCCGCAGCAGUGGAUCCGCACAGAGGAGUGGAGGCGGCGGUGGUCGUACAGGCUUCCAGAACAGAGGCAACUUCAGAGGAGCCCCCAACUCUCGUGGUGGCUUCACACGGCCCCCUCGGGGCUACAUCCCACCCCAAGCAUACAGAGGAGGCUACCCCAGCCAGGGCAGCUACAGCCAUAGCGGUAGUCACAUCCCCAACCUCGGGGGAUCCCCCAGAGGCGGACUGAUGAGGGCUAGCAUGGGCCCCAGAGGCGGACACAUGAAUAGAGGCGGUUCAAUGAGCAGAGGAAACAUGAGCAGAGGAGGAGGUGGCGGUAGCAUGGGCCGUGGUGGAAAUAGAGGACAUCACAACCAGUUCCAGCAGAGAGGUGGUGGUAGAGGCAAUUUUGGUAACAAGAACAGCAAUUUUAGCAACAACAGGAAUAGUGGCGGUUUUGGCAACAGGAAUGGAAUGGACAAAGCUCAAGCAUUCAACCAGAGCUGGCAACAAGGGUUCUGGAACCAGAAGCCAUGGAACCAACAGUUUCAGCCCGGGUAUUACUAAGAAACAUGUUCUAAUGGACUGGUGGCCACACUCAAAACCACUCUAGCCGCGAACCAUCUCCACCAACGGCAUUUUUCAUAGAACCUGCUUUUAAGAAUCUAUUAUGAGCAACGUGGUCUACAUUCCACUCGGGAGAGAUCAGGCGAUAUGACAUCAUUGCUCUCUGAAGAUCGACAGCCACGUGUACAAGCCGCUUGUACAACAUAGAUUUGUUUUUCUUUUUGUUGUAUAUUUCAUUCGCUUGCGCCAUUUUUAAAUGACAUGCUUUUAAAAAAAAAAAAAGUUUGUAAUAUCAAGAACCAUAACUUUUUUUUUUUUUCCCCCCCAAGAGUGUGCAUUGUUAAGUAGUUUUUGUUUGCUUUAUUUUUAUUUGUUAUUGUAAAUAUUUGUUUGAACAGUCAAAUAAUUCAUUCUCAUUGUAGCUUCAUACGGUAUUGUUAAGCCACUGUGCAGUUACAGCAAAGCCGCGGAAAAAUUCAAGCAAGUUUCUGUCUCUUGUUCCCACUUCUAAGACUGUAAGCCAACUUGGACCUCCAAUAAACAAUUUUUCUUGUUU